CACAGAAAAAGACGAGCGCACGCGUCAGAUUCCCAAAUGUAAGGUGUUGGAAUCAUGAUGCUCGCUGGCUUCCUCUUUCUGCUCUUCAUCUCUGAUGAAGUUCAUGCAGAGCAAAUCUGCAGUUAUCAGGAAGUUUUAAACUACUUAAACAUUACCAAAGACAAUGAGCUGUACUCCAUGACCCGUCCGGUGAAAAACUAUAAACAUCCCACACAGGUUUCCCUGGAAGUUCUUCUCUAUGCCAUUCUAGAUGUGGUUGAGAAAGACCAAAAGUUCAUUCCUUAUGUUUGGACCGUCACAAGAUGGAACAAUGAAUAUAUUACCUGGGAUCCAGAUCAGUUUUGUGGAAUUGACAACAUUUCUCUUCCUACUGAGAUUUUGUGGAAGCCAGAUCUCACAAUUGAAGAAAUGACGGAGAAGGACAAAGCCCCUCCAAGUCCGUACCUCACCAUCAACAACCGAGGAGACGUAGAGGUGCAGAACGACCAGGUGUUAGUGAGCACCUGCAGGAUGCACAUUUACAACUUUCCCUUCGACAUUCAGAGAUGUAGCCUGACUUUCAAAUCUGUCAUACACACUGCUAAAGACAUCAGGCUGCAGCCAAGUGACAACUCUUCGGAGGCCACAGAAUGGAGUCGGGAAGUGAUGCGGACUCAAUACGAAUGGCUCUUCAUCAACAUGACAGUCACAGCCAACAAUGCCACUGAGUUAUCUGAUCAAGAUAUUGUUGUUUAUACGAUCACCAUGAGGAGGAGGUCUCUGCUCUACAUCGUCAACUUCUUGCUGCCCGUCCUCUUCUUCUUGUGCCUGGACCUGGCCUCCUUCAUGAUCUCAGACAACGGCGGUGAAAAACUCAGCUUCAAAGUCACGGUUCUGCUCGCCAUCACGGUGUUGCAACUCAUCCUCAAUGAAAUUCUGCCCUCCUCCUCGAACAGAGUCCCACUCAUAGCCGUUUACUGCAUUGGGAUUUUCACCCUGAUGAUGCUCAGCCUCCUGGAGACGAUUCUGGUGAUGUACCUGAUUGAGAAAGACUCUCAAGACUGUGAAACAGCUGCAACUGAAAGCGCGAUCCAUGAAUCGAACAAAAAGAGCAAAAACAACUUUCACAGCUACAACACAGAGGGUCAUGAGAGGACUCAGGGAGGUUUUAUCUACAACGUGUCUGCUGGUGAGACUCCGUCUGAGAUGCUGCAUAUUCCCAAAGAGGACAAUUCUGGCAAACGGCUGGAUGAUUUCAUCACCUUGGAGAGGCUGUCAGAAGAGCUGAGGGCGAUGGAGAAAACCAUGACUCAGCUCUUUAAGGACAAGAAGGAGGAGAAGUCUGGGUACUGGUCCAGGGUGGCGACAAAGGUUGACAGAGUUUUCUUGAUUUUCUACAUCGCACUGAUCGUUGCGUUCUUGGCUGUGAUGUUCUUUGAGUGGAACGGCACUGAAGAAGAGUCUCUGCUGGACAUUUCUGUUUAAACUCAUUUGAUCUCAUUUCACAMAGCAACUCACCUCGUGCAACUUUAUGGCAGAAACUGAAAGUUUUUUUGAUGAAUAGUUUUAGAAACUGAUUGUUUCAUAUUAAACUCAUAAAAAAUGCAUGCUUUCCAUUGACUUUCCUUUUUUUUCUUUUUGCAAAGCUGAUCAAGAAAGACAUGGCUGUAAAUAACAUAUCUGAAACUGGUACACAGUUGUAACCUUGAACAUUAUAUACAUUGUAGUUGCCUAAACAGCAUUUACACAUCUUUAUUCAAUUAACUAAUUAAUUCAUUUUUAAAUUUAAAAUAUUAUAGGUUAGCUUUGAACAGUUACAUCAAGUUUUAUUUUGAGGAUGUAUAAUUCAGUGUAAUGAUUUUAUUUGGCUUAUAUGAUUUUAGUUUUGUUCUAUGUUUAUCAGGCUCAUCAAUAAAUAAAAAUUAAAUUUAUUUUGUGUCCAUAAAUCUCCAAACUUCCACCUCAUCUGUUUUAACAUGGUAGCUCAGACUUCAGCAAGGGGGAAGAAAUGAUCAUAAAUACAGUUUGUGUUUAUUGUGUUGUUUCUCCUGCUCCUCGUGUGCAAGGAGAGUGAAUGAAAUAUAUUUUUAAAAAUUCACGUGUAAAUUUCAAAUAAAUAAAUAAAAAAAAUAAACAUGUUAAUGUAAUGUUAAAAAAUUACAAAAAUAUUUUGCUGUGGCAUUAUAACAUAUAUAUUGUGGUACAGUAAAUGUAUGAUUGAACAGUACUGUAUGUAAUUUUAGUGCAGAGUUCAGUAAUUUUAUGACUGACUGUGUUAAAAUAAUCUUCAAUAUCUGCCUGACUUGUGUUCUUUUUUGAGGAAGCUUUGUGUGAGUCUGUUUUCUGCAGACUAAGGAUGUAAUUGAGCACAGAGGGGUGUUAGUUAUCUUUUGAUUAAAGUUUUUAAAACCCAUCAGCAAAAUAUUCCUUUGCAUUUGAAAUUUAUUAAGCUUGUUGAACAAACCAACCAACCAACCAACCAACCAAACAAACAAACAACCAAC